AUGGGCGUAUCAGAAGAUAGAUCUGUAUUUGUGCUCAAUUUUGAUUCACCAGAAGAACACGAUGCUCACUCACCCUGUUGUAAAAAAAGGCAGGAAAAACAAGAACUCAAAAGAAGCGUCAUUGAUGCGGGUAAAAACUUACAUCAUACAAUGGUUACCGUAUCCGAAAUUAAGCACCCCCCGAAAAUAAGCGUCCCUGGCCCGCAUUAUGACGAUUUUGGCCAGAAUUAA